CGACUAAGCCGUAUGGAUCUUAGCACGUGGGUCAGCAUGUAAAGUCGGCCAGAAUAAGACUUUGUACGACACCAUCUACACAGUGGAUGUAAAAUUGUCGUCCAUUGAUCAGACUGCGGCUGUCAGGAUUGUUGAGGACAUCGUUCUACAGAAGAUAGACCACUACAUUAGUGAUGGAUGCUGAAGAGUUCAGGCGGUGUGGGAAGCAGAUGGUGGACUAUGUAGCAGACUACCUGGAAAACAUCAGAGAUCGAAGACCAUUUCCUGAUGUUUCUCCCGGAUAUCUCAAAGACUUAAUUCCGGACAAAGCCCCGGAUGAAGCAGAAAAGUGGGAGGACGUCAUGAAAGACAUAGAAAGGGUCAUCAUGCCUGGGGUGACCCACUGGCAUUCUCCGCAGUUUCAUGCAUAUUUCCCCACCGCAAAUUCCUAUUCAGCGAUUGUUGCCGACAUUCUAUCGGAUGCUAUCGGCUGUAUAGGAUUUACAUGGGCUUCUAGUCCUGCUUGUACGGAGCUGGAGAUGGUGGUUCUAGAUUGGCUAGCUAAAAUGCUCGACCUUCCAGACUGUUUCUUUCAUUCCAGUCAAGGUCAGGGAGGUGGAGUUAUACAGGGCACAGCUAGCGAAGCCACCCUAGUGGCUCUCCUCUCGGCCAGAACACAGCAUUUACGUCAGAUUCUAGGAGACAAGUUUAGUCAUUCACCGGAUGAAGGAAUCAUCAAUAAAAUGGUGGCAUACUGCUCCAUACAGGCCCAUUCCUCAGUCGAGAGGGCAGCUUUAAUAGGAGCUGUCAAAAUAAGAUUACUGGAGACAGAUGGAAAGUACUCACUUCGAGGCGAAACUCUACAGAGAGCGAUAGAGAAAGACAGAGCCGAGGGCCUCAUUCCUUUCUUCGUUUGCGCAACACUAGGCACAACUUCCAUUUGCUCAUUCGAUAACGUUUUGGAAUUGGGAGCAAUUUGUGAGAGGGAGGGUCUAUGGAUGCACAUUGAUGCGGCCUAUGCUGGCAGUGCCUUUAUUUGUCCCGAGUUUAGACCUCUGUUGAAUGGGGUUGAACGUGCGAUGUCCUUCAACUUUAAUCCUCAUAAAUGGUUACAGGUCAAUUUCGACUGUUCUACGAUGUGGGUCAAGGACAGUCGGUUGCUAAGCGACGCAUUCAAUGUUGAUCCGUUGUAUCUCAAACACGAUAAUCAAGGAUCUAUGCCCGAUUUUAGGCAUUGGCACAUUCCACUGGGCAGAAGAUUUAGGUCUCUUAAAAUAUGGUUUGUUUUGCGGUUAUACGGAGUGACAGGUCUCCAGGCGUACAUAAGAAAGGACGUGAAGCUAGCCCAUCAGUUUGAAGACUUGGUAAAAGCGGACCAGAGAUUUGAAAUAUUUGGUGAUGUGGUACUGGCUCUAGUUUGUUUUAGGCUGAAAGGUUCAAAUGAAGUUAACGAGAGACUGCUAAAAACGAUUAACGCAGACAGACGUAUACACCUAGUGCCUGCUAAAGUUAACGACACAUUCUUCCUAAGAUUCGCAGUGUGUGCAUCAAGAACGCAACCAGGAGACGUGGAGUUUGCGUGGAAAGUGAUUCAAGAACUAGCAGAGAAGACUUGUAACAACAUAUAAUAGAACAAUGCGAAACAGUGGUCAGCACUGUAGGUCUGUACGGAUUGUUCAGAGAGAUGCACUGAUAUGGGGACUGAUCGACCUACUAAUCUUAUAAUGCGAUUUUGAAAUCCAAAUGUGUCAUUUGACCAUUUUGGAUUGUAUAUUGAUAUGAAUCAAAUAACGUAUUUGCUAUUUAGAGGCAAAAUCGUAAUAUAUUGGAGUAAAAACACCCUAAUGUAAUGAUAAAGAGUAGUUGACAAAU